CGACAGGACAACUCUCCAUGUAUUUCAAUUACUGAGCUGAGUUGAAGGGACUGAUAGACAGAGGAGAGAACAUAGGACUUCUAGUAUUUAUGGCGGCCAACGGAGAUAUAGCCACAGUGUCCGCCUCAUCAAGUUUGGGAAGCUUCGUUGAUGCGUCUGGAUACAAAUAUGCCGAGAAAGAUAUGAAACCGGGGAAGAUUAAGCUGAAGAAGGUGACGAGUAAGGCUACGAAGGCGAAAAAAGGAGAGGAGAAUAAAGGUGCACAAGCUGAAUCGGCAGCCUCGUCGCCCAUUCUUCCCGACGUUGACGAGAAGACCAUGGCAGCCUUUCCGACGGGCCAACCGCGCGAAGAUCAGUUAGAGACGGUGAUAUGCAAGCAUUGCAAGCGGCCCGUUAUGAAGCAGGCGGCGGCGGAACACAUUCGGGGUUGUCUAAGAGCUAAGCAGGAGAAAGCACGCCGGAAGAAGGAGGCGCGUGAUGCGGCGAAUCGGGCGAAGGAGAAAGUCGAGAAGGAUGGGGAAGAUGACGGCGAUGGGGAAGAAGGUACCGGGAGUACUAUGAAGGGACAGAAGAGCGCGAAGAAGAGCGCCGUCAAGGGGAUGGGUGAUGAUGGGACGAAGAAGGGGAAGAAGCGCAAGGCGGACGGCGAGGAUGAUAAGGACAAGGAGCCCAAGAAGAAGAAGAAAAAGGAUGAACAGAAGCCCAAAGUUCCUAAGCCCAAGGGUCCGGUCGACGUUGAGAAGCAGUGCGGAGUUACGCUACCUAAUGGAGCUCAGUGUGCGCGCUCAUUGACGUGCAAGAGCCACUCGAUGGGCGCUAAGAGAGCUGUUCCUGGACGUUCCCUGCCGUACGAUAUGUUGCUCCAGGCAUAUCAGAAGAAGAACCAGGCGCGGCAGCAAAAGGCGGCCAUCGAUGCCAAUGCACCACUCCAGGACGAUUUGGACAGUGGUGGCCCGGUUGACUCGGAUGAGGAACGGGAUUCUAUCAUGGCAGCUAUCUCUCGCUCACGUCCACAGCCUCUCGUCACGCACACUCUGAUUUCGACAAAGAAGAAGUACCAUUAUGUCCGCAUCAAAGAGAUGCUGUCGCAUGCCCUGGGUGGCUCUCGUGGUAGUAGCCUCUUCUCAACCGGAGAUAUGACAUCGGUUUCGAACAGAAACAUCUUCGAGCCUGUGGAGAACAUCCCAUUGCAAUCCCCCGUUGCUGUGAGUACGAGCACAUCAGAUACCUCUCCGGACGCAAAGAAAGCUCCUGCUGCAUCUGCUACCAGGAAGCCUUCGGUAAUUGCAGGCUCAUAGGCAUUACUCUGCCUGUGUGAACUACGAUUUAUUCUCGUACGUUCGGGCGUCUUUGGUUUGGUAAGAGGAGUCUUCGGCAAGGUGUUACGGCGUUAUGAUAGUCUGUGGGAGGCAACCAUGGUGGUUUCUGUGAGGGCUGUGUUUCAAUAUGAUGACUUGAUACCCUUUCAGUGUACAUACGUACAGAUAGUUUGCGAUGCUUGCCUCUGGGGUUGUCUUCGUUUCUGCAUCAUUAUCCUUUUGAAUGGCAACGUCCCUAGUGCAUUUGGUGGCAUUAUCGAUGACAAGAAUACCCAAGCAGAAUGGACUUGUUCGACCCGAUAAGAGUACUUCUAGA